GUUGUCAACUCUCUCGGUUCGGUUUUAGCUUGUGGUAGCAGUAUAAAAUGGUACAUUUUAGCGCACAACAUGGUAACUCGCAUAUUCUAAAAUUAAAUUAGUCCAAUAAUAUGUCGACAGGCGUUUACAGAUAUAACUGGCAGAAUCAAUGCUAGCCAGCUGCCAUCUCGUUGAUUAGCUGGAAGACGUUUAGCCGUUCAGCUUUACUGUUGUUGUGAAAUCAUGCCGCAGAUUUCAGUCAACUACAUUUUACUAUGCGGACAGUUCUUGUUGUUUUUUACAGUGCUGCUUUUACAGUGUCUAGAAGGGAUUCACUCACAAAACUCAACCGAGCCACCCGGAAACAGGGUAACGACUAGCAAACCAGUUCUGUUCAGCGAACAACCGGAGGAAAAUGUGACGGAGAGUGGUAGCGUUAUUCCUACCGAAACAUCAAACCACACGGAGCAGUACGAGUAUAACCCUCCGUCACCUGUCGUGCUCUGUCGAUACCUACCGGAGGAAUUCAUAUUCUGUCAAGAUCCAGUUGAUCACGGUGGAAAUGUGUCUGCCUUUCAGGAACUGGGUUAUGGGUGCGUAAAGUUUGGUGGUCAAGUGUACAAAGAUGUGAACCAUACCCAGGUGUUAUGCACAGCACUUGAUGGCAUUGAGUGUGCUGGACCACGAGAGUUUCUCAGAGGCAAUGAACCAUGCAUUAAAUACACAGGACACUACUUCAUCACCACUCUACUGUACUCCUUUUUCCUGGGAUGUUUCGGCGUCGAUCGUUUCUGUCUCGGACAUACUGGGACUGCGGUGGGAAAACUACUAACCCUGGGUGGUCUUGGCAUCUGGUGGUUUGUGGACCUGAUUCUCCUGAUAACAGGUGGACUGACUCCCAGUGACAGCAGCAACUGGUGCACUUUCUACUGACAUAAAGGUGGCUGUCUUUCAUACACUUUUCAUAAAUACACUGUAUGCAUGUGGACUUACAUAGGCCUCAUUUGCCAUUGUUAGCUGUAAAAUACUGUUCUUUCAGGUUUCUUUUGUAAAGUGUUUAUUUGAAGCUGUGUUGUAAAUAAAUAUUGUCUCUUAAUCAGUAA